AUGAAUACCUCCCAGUAUUACUACUACUACUACUACUACUACUACUACUACUACUACUACUACUACUACUACUACUACUACUACUACUACUACUACUACUACUACUACUACUACUACUACUACUACUACUACUACUACUACUACUACUACUACUACUACUACUACUACUANNNUAGCUAUGAGAAUUUAUCACGAAUGCGGAAACACUCCAUCGUGGUCGAUGAAUGGUCGCGUAGCAACUGUAUCAUAGAGAUACCACGCCCUUUGCACGUCCAUUAA